CGGCCUGAACUCCUGGAAGCGCAUGACGCCGCCACGAAUCUUCUCACAUAUAGCAUAGCUCGCCAAUACCGGGAAAAGAGGAGACACAACUUAUAUAAGCAACUCGCUACCAAUCAGAUUUUGUUUGGUGUCUUUUUCCACUGCAAAACUAGGCCUAUAUUUGACUCAACUAAACUUUCACAUCACUCUGUAGGCGCACGCUGACCGUGGUGCGUAAAAGGCCACUUCCAGCUGGUUUUGCUUCAUCGCGGGCUACGGUCUCUUUAUUUGAACACGCACCAGGCAGAUGGAAUGAUAUGACCAUUGGCCAUGUCCAUUUAGCAAAUUUAGACUAUUUUGUUUGUUGACAAAGUCUGAGAACAGCGAAAUAUGUUUCCUCUGCCUAUGUUCACCCCAGAGCAAGUGGCUCGGGUGUGCGAGAACCUCGAGGAGACCGGCGACAUCGAGCGCCUUGGGCGGUUCUUAUGGUCCCUGCCUGCCGCUGUCCCUGGCUCCGCGGGGGAGGCUCUCAACCGCCACGAGUCAGUGAUGCGCGCCAGGGCGCUGGUUGCCUUCCACGGAGGAAACUUCGAGGCGCUUUACCAGAUCCUCCAGAGCCACCGCUUUACGCGAGAGUCUCACGCCAAGCUCCAAGAUCUGUGGCUGGAUGCGCACUACCGCGAGGCGGAGCGGCUCCGAGGCCGUGCCCUGGGACCGGUGGAGAAGUACCGCAUCCGCAAGAAGUUCCCCCUGCCUCGCACCAUUUGGGACGGCGAGCAGAAGACGCACUGCUUUAAGGUGAGACACCAAGCUGAGAGAACUCGCAGCCUGCUCAGAGAGUGGUACCUCCAGGACCCGUACCCAAACCCGUCCAGGAAACGGCACCUGGCCCAGGCCACGGGACUCACGCCCACACAGGUCGGCAACUGGUUCAAGAACCGACGCCAGAGAGACAGGGCUGCAUCGGCAAAGAACAUACUGCAGCAGGACCCCACCCACCUGCCUUCCGGAAGCUCCCCUGAGGGUUCUGCCCAGGAGCAUCACGCCCACCACCCCCGCCUGCUGGCCGCCUCUCCGCGUCACCCGGGCAGCCCAGAGGCCAGCGACUGCAGCACGAGCACCGACCCCCGGGGCACUGGCACCUCCACCCCAGACCACUCCGUUAGCAGCGACAGCGAGUUCGAAUCCUGAGGGUCGGGUCACUGACCACAGCAGGAGAGAGGCUCUCAUUGGUUAAUUAAAUCCUGAAGAGAGAGGCUGUCAUCAGUUCUCAGCCAGGAAGGACCGACCCCACAGAUAUAUAGAGACAAUAGACACUGUAGAACUACUAUGUCUGUAGCUUGAGAUUGGACACUUGGACAGGAAGUUCUCUAUGAGAGACUUGAUAUGGACACUUGAUGUGGUUGCUAGUGGACGAAUGGGGAGGGGUGGGGGAUUGGGGAUUAGACCAUCUACAAACACAUGCACUUAAAAUGCACCAUCGCACAUGACUGUAAGGUAAACUGUUACUAAGUACCAUAUGACUGUGCAAAUGACUGCUAUAAAAACCCACUACAAUUCUCUGUUCUGUAGAUUUGGACUACAAUGUGGGUAGAAAGAAGUCAGUCAGUCAGCAGCGAUAACAUAUUCUAGGACAGCAAUUCUCAGGCACGUUAUUUAUAGAAAGAAUAUAAACAUACAAAGUCGUAGGGUAAUUACUGAGCUUGAAUUAUAAUAUUAUAUGUUUUGAUACUUAAUGGUUUCAACUCAUCGGGGGUCUAUUUUUGAGUAGUCGAUCAUUGAGCGCUAGCUUUAAUCCCAUUUCUUAAUUAGCCCCUUACAAUAACCACUGCCUUCUGUAGGCUGUUGGUUUCCUACAUGAUCAGUCGUUGUUGGACGCAAAACUGCUUGAUUGGAUUGGACAGGUCUGCAUUUCUCUUCAUACACGUCACUGCCUUAAGAAGGAAGUAUAUAGGCAUCACAGCCUCAAUCUUCUAGUUUGGCUAACAUUAGGCACCGUUGCAGACCAUAACUGUCCCUAAAGCUAACACAGCCUAAAAAAAUGGUCUCUAGACAAUCUUGUAAUGCAUGGAUAUAGACAUUACACAUCACUAUACAUGGUGGUUUAAAUGUUUUCCUGUAUUAUGAUCAUGUGACUACUGUAUAACAAUGUUGAUGUGUAUCCAAAACAUCCUCAUUCUAACAUUAUCCAGUUCAAACCGGUUAUAUCCUUUUAGACUGUGGUUGGAGGCAUCAUUCAGUGUGGAAUCCUCUGUGCAGAUUUCACUAGAGAUGUCCUUGCAGGAAUUGCCUGUCAGAGCAAAACAAAAUAAGUGGGAUAAAAAUGAAAUGAAAGCAAGAUUGAUAAAGUGAAGCACAACUUGGUCUUAACUCAUUGAUGUGCCUAUAAACGUUUGAGGACUGAAUGACCUGUUUAACAUGACCGUUUCAUCUUUAUAUAUUUUUAAUUUAACCAGGAAAAUCAGCUAAGAACACAUUCUUAUUUACAAUGACGGCCUACCGGGGAACAGUAGGUUAACUGCCUUGUUCAGGGGCAGAACAACAGAUUUUUACCUUGUCAGCUCUGGGAUUCGAUCCAGCAACCACUCGGUUACUAGUCCAACGCUCUAACCCAGGAGUGGGAAAUUCCAGUCCCCGAGGACUUGAUUGGUGUCACAGUUUUGCACCAGCCGCAGCUAAAACAACUAACUCCAAUAAUCACUUAAUCAUGAUGUUCAGUUUAGAACGCAAUUUGAUUCAUCAGCUGUGUUUACUAGGGAUGGAGAAAAAGUGUGACACCAAUCAAGCCCUCGAGGACUGGAGUUGCCCACCCCUGGUCUAACCACUAGGCUACCUGCCACCCCAUAUAGGCCUACCCAUAUAAAUAUCACCAUACAAUACAUCGUCAUGGGAUUCAUUCAUAGAAAAAUAAAUAUUUUGUAAAAAUGUGUCUGAUGUAUGCAUUUGGAAUAAAUGAAAGUAUUUUUAUCCAAACCUG